AUGUCAGGGCCCAGGAAAUACCAACCACCGCACACUCGAAUCAGAGUCAAGAAUUGUUCUCAUGAGAAUCUACAAAGACCGACUUCAGCUUCGUCAUCAACGUAUAAUCUUAACUCAACCACAUCAGAUAAAGCACAAGAUGAAACGACGAAAAGUACUCGUCGAUCGGAAGCCUAUACUGAUACUGCCUAUGGUAGGCUGCAAGAUGAUGUAAGGAAUCAAGCAGGGCCUUCAAUCCGUCACUCACAGUUCAAUAAAAGUCCAAAUUCAAGUAUCUCAAGUAAUCAGACCGGAUAUAAUCCUCCUCCUUCAAGGAGGAAUUGGUCCAAAAAUUCUCUUGAUAAAUCAGCUUUAUCUUCACCUGCAGAUGACAUAAAACCUAUGCGAUCUGGUGCAGGAGGGAAAGUAGAUAUAGGUGAGAUGGAAUUAUUGCAAAGCGUUUCACGGAGUGGUGGAGACGGCAAGGAUGGUGAUGCAUUGAAAGAUUGGGAUAUGCAAGAGAAAUAUAGGGUAUUCAUAAAUGAGAAAAUAGGAAGACAUUACUCUAGUUUCUCUACUCCACGUCAUACAGCGCCUGCGGUCACUGCAAAGGAUGAAUUGGAAAGCCUGGGAAGUAUAGUUCUUCUCUUUCGUAAAUUGCGAGAAGGCGUUGUGGCUUCUUCGAGAAUUGAUGCAUUCGCUGUUGAAGUAUUCGAAUCAUCAGCUCAGUUUUCAAUAUUAGCAAAUAACAAACCUCAACUCAUCUCUUCUCUAAGUGGACUUGUACCUGGAUUGUAUCAAGCUCUAGAUUCCCACAGAGAUGGAAAGGGAAAAUCAAACAUUCGGAUAGCCACUAAAGAUGAAGACGUUGCUGCAGAUAGAGUACGGAAUAUGAACAAUGAAGGAAGAUCCAGCGAAGACAGGAGAAAGGAGUUUGCAAGGUUAUUUCUGUUAUAUCAAUUGAUCAAUCUAGGCGAAAAAGCAUUCUGGUCAAGCUAUUUAGCGCUGACGCAUCCUCGAAAAAAGAAUCUGAGAAGACCGCUCGAUGAGACUGGGCUGGAAAACGGUAGUACACAUCCUUGUCAGAAUGGAACUUCAGCAACGUCUUCUGGUCCACCCUCAAUGUCCCCGAAACCUUUCAUCAAUCCCUGUGAUCUUUCAUUGGUAAUAUCAAUCGCUAGAUCUGUCUCCCCUCAUGCUCUCGACUCGGUGAAAUACUUCAGUCUUCGGAAGGGCGCUACGACUUACGAAAAAGCCAUACUUUCAUGGGAGGAGGAUAAAAUCCGUGAGAGAGCCUGGGAUAUAUUGAGGAAAGCAUACAUCACCACUAGGCAUGAAUGGGCAGGCAGCUUUCUGGGCAUCAUCGAAGAGGACGUUGGGGAUUGGGUGAGAGGUAAAGGGAUGAAAGUGGAAGAAGGUAUCAUAAAGCUUCGCUGA